AAAUUUCAUUUGUUAGGUUUUUAUUUUAAUUAUGAUUAGCAGUUGUCUUGUAUAAAACAAAUUGAUAAGAUAAUUUUUUCUAACAUUCUAAAAAGGACUUACAUAUUAUGUAACUGAAUGGAGUUUGGAUUCAAAAAAGCACAGGAAGCAUGGCUUGCACAAGCAAGUGUGGAUGCAGAGAAAAAUUGUGCUUCACGAUAUCAGCAAGGAAGGGGGCCAUGUAAUGUCUUCAUCCUGGAUACCUCUUCUAGCAUAGGCGAGGAAGGAUUUAGUCAAAUGAAGAGCAUAUUUAGUCAAAUCCUUGACGAAUAUGCAAACCAUCUCGAUAUCGACGAGAAUGUGGCUGUCAUCUCUUGUGGACGAAACACAAGAUAUCAUUAUUACUAUUCUAAUAGAUACAUGGAUAUCAAACGUUCUUUAGAUGGAUUAGAAUUUGGAGGAUUGUCCCCUCUUGUCGCUGCAUUUUUCUUGUCGUUUGGGGCCACGAAAAAUGGUGCAGGUCAUACGGCAAGAAUUGGUAAUUUUCACGUACGCCCAAGAAUCAUUUUAUUUUCGGACGGAAGGCCUACAGAUUUUACAUGUAUGAAUGAUGAAGAUGAUUCAUUUAUCUACGAGCGAAAUGAGGAGAAAGGUAACUUGCACCAGCUAACCAAAGACGUUGGAAGAGUUCAUCCAAUAUUUUGUAUACCUGUUGGAAAUAAACCAGAUUUGUCCUUUUUAGAGUUUAUAUCUGCUUGUUCAAAAGGAGGAAAAGUCAUUUAUCCCCAUGAGGCUGGACAACUCGGAAAAUAUACCAAGAAUAUGAGAACUGCGGCAUUAAUAUCAACAUCUUUGAAGGAUGGAGAUGAGGAUAGAGAAACUAUACUCACUCUCUUGACUUCCUCUUCACCAGACAUGAUGUUAUCUGAACUGGAUAAGGAGGAUAUCGUAGAUAUUUGCAAGAAAAGGUCUGCCUUCGUCUCAGUAGAGGAGAUCGUCGCUGAGAUUGAAGAAGAUGAAAAUGAAGAUGCUUUUUAUCACGAGAGAAAUCCCCUUUUACCUUGUCUGGGUACAAGGGUUAAAAGAGGACCACAUUGGCACUGGGGGAACCAAGAUAGCAAUGGUCCUGGCACAGUCAUUGGGCAUUCUUUGGAUGGUCGAUUAAUGGUUGAGUGGGAUGCAGGUGAAAAGAAUUACUAUCAUUAUGAUGUUGCUAGAAAUGUAUAUGAUGUCAUUGUCUGCACUGAACUUAGGAUCCUUGAUACUGAACUAAUUGCACCCGGAUGUUUAGUCACCAGAGGUCCUGACUGGGAAUGGGGAGAUCAAGAUGGCGGUGAGGGUAGUAUUGGAUCCGUUUACAGAGUCAGAAAAUCAGGAAGGGUUUAUGUGCGAUGGCCAAACGGCGAAAAAGGCGACUACAGAUUUGGUCACCUCGGGAAGUUUGAUCUAAAUAUUUCUGACUCUUUUUCAUCAGAUGGAAUUCAACCGCAUGAAUUACAAAUGACAACUGCCGCUUCUGAUAACCAUCCAACCGAACCAAAAAGUUUUCUAAAAAUGGGAAAGAAUAGUGACAGACCAAGCUUUGAGGACAGCUUAACUUCUUCAUUUCAUUUAAAGACUAUCAAAGGUCAUUAUUUUAAAAAUGACAAAGUUCCUGAUUCUCUGUCAGACUUAGAGGUGGACGGAUUAAAUGAGACAGCCGUAUUAACUGACCAAUGGAUGUGGAGAGAAUUCAGCGGAAAAUGGAUUCCGUAUCCAAGGAAAAUAAAUCAAAGAAUUAAUGAAUGUUUUAAAAGACAGUCAAAGUCAACUGUAAUUGUUUCCUUAAAUGGAACAAAUUUCAGGGUGGUUAUGGCCAAGAGAAUUCAAAUCAACCUUGAGAACAGAGAAACGACAGACAUUAAAUUAAUAAAGAAUGAAUAACGAAG